AUGUCGUCACAACGGUCCAGAGACGAGCUCGACCCCGAACACCCCAAUCCCUGCUAUCCGAGAGCGUGCGCCAUUCAAGGGUGUCUGCAAAAGUCCGGCUUCGACCAGUCACGGUGCGAAUACCUGGUCGACGACCUCUAUCGGUGCUGCGCCAAGUUCUACCAGCAGCGCGGCAAGGAUGCCGAGGCAGAUAGCUGUCCGAUUCCAUCAGUAGUUGAGAGGAGAAUACGAAAGAUGGAGCAGGAGGGAAAGGGUGGUGCUGGCGGUGCGCUGCUCGAGUCCAAGAAGCGGUGA